AGCCAGUUAGCAACAACAUGUGCGCUACGUGGGUGUUAGCUUUUUGAUGCUUUGCGUGGCAUCGCCUGAGAGCAUGAAGCUUUUUGGUAUCCCCAAGCGCGAGGAUGGCCAGGCGCUCGAGGAAGAGCCGCAGUCCCACCGCUCGGCGGGCUCAGGCGAUUCGCGAGGGUCUUCCAACAGCCCUUCCUAUGGGCAGAUGAAGCUGGUGAUCAAGAACACCUUCAUAGGCGGUUACGACGAGCAGCAGGAAGAAGACCCGCCGAAGACGCUUGCUCGAUCAGCCAGCGACAGUAAGUUGGACUGCCAAUCCAGCGCCAGCUCCGUGGUCUUCUGGUAUCCGCAGCGUGGCGGAGCAAUGAGCCAUUCAAACUCCAGCGUGGUGUCGAGAAGCGACACCAGCGAAGCGGAUGUGAACGAAAUCGUGGAGCAUCCCAUCGAUCCCUACCACACCGUGUUUUCCAACCGCCAUCCCGAGGAGCGGCGACGUGCCGAACCUCAGGAUGUCCAGCUGCUGCAUAGCCACGAGAUGCCGUUCCCGCACAGCCUGCCUGCGAGCAAGGCUCAUGGGCUGGGGCAGAGCGGAUUGGCACCUUCCCGGCCACCGGGCCAAUUUCAUGCCGCAGCGUUGCGGCCGCAGUUUGAUGCGUGCCAAGCUGCACGAGGGCAUGCGGACUUCGCCAUGCCUGCGAAGCUGCCGAACCUUGAUGAGCCGUUGAGCAGACCCCAAGACCUGGAUCUCCUAAUGAACAUGCAGGCGGAGAUCGCAGACAUCGCGCCUUCGGAGCAGCUGGUGCAGCUGCAGCUGCAGAUGCAGCAGAUCCAGCUGCAGCAGAGUCGCCUGAUGAACAGGCAAAUAGCGGAUCCCAUGCCGAUGAUGAAUGUGCCAAUGCGGAACGAGUUCCCGCAGGCCCCGGCCCCGGCACAGGCCCAGAUAGGGCAGGCGGGGAAGCCAGCGAUGCAGCUCUUGCAGCAGCAGCUGCUGGAGUCGCAGAUGCAGCAGCUGCAGCUUCAGCAGCAAAUGCAGCAAUUGCAGCAGCAGCAGAUGCAGUUGCAGCAGCAGCUCGCAGGGCAGGUGGCAACUCCAGCCGCAGACGAGGAGGCGAUUCUGGCGCAGAUCCCGGUGAAUGACGAAGGUGAGCGAGCUUCUCUAGGAAGCCGCCUGCACCCAGACUCUUGCAACCCCUGCAUUUUCUGGUUCAAGGACAAGGCCCUGUGCAACAAGGGCAUCAUGUGUGACUUCUGCCAUUUUCGACACCCCGGUCAGAAGAACAAGCGCAUCCGGCCCUCCAAGAACACGCGCUUGCAGAUGCGGGCGGCGCAGGCGGCGCAGGAAGGUCCCUGAGUCGGCCAAGCAAUUUGAGUCAACCGGACGCCGCAAACCGACCAACCGGCCGAGCUCUUUUGGCGAGCGGUUCAGAAGGGG